GAUGAUUCGUGGCUUGUAGAAAUUGGUUCGAGUAAAUUUUUGGUUUUUUAAGGUUUCUUUUGUCUGAAGAACAGAAAAGGGUGUAGAAAGUUUUUGUCUGAUUGUUGAAACAGAAUCUCUGGAAGCCCCCUUUAGAUGUCCUGUUUGAAUGUAUUCAGAUAUGGACAAAGUGAGUUUGGAUUUGUCUGGUGAAUAUAGACUAAGAUUUUGUCUCUUUGUAAUCUGUUCGUGUCUGUAAAUUUCUACUUGAACUGGUUUUUGCCUGUAUAAUACAACACUAUCUGUUUCGAUGCAAAUUAUGUCUAUCAAAAUGCCUCCAAUCUGUCUGAUGCAUAAUAUAACUCAGAUGCUGAAAUUCUUAUGGAUUUGGACAUUCUUACACUCAGGUAUGUAGCUGUUGGGAACGAGCCUUUUCUGACAUCGUACAACGGAUCAUUCGUAAACCUCACUUUCCCGGCGCUUCAGAAUGUCCAAAAUGCUCUAAACGAAGCUCGGUUAGGACACGUCAAGGCAACGGUUCCUUUGAAUGCCGACGUAUAUGAUUCACCGGCCAAUAACCAGGUGCCAUCUGCAGGAAGGUUCCGACCCGAUAUCAUCAGUCAGAUGACUGAGAUUGUCGAUUUUCUCGGCAAGAACAACGCUCCCUUCACCAUUAACAUAUACCCUUUUCUGAGCUUGUACGGAAGCAGCGACUUCCCGUUUGAUUAUGCGUUCUUCGACGGUCCUACUCAGAUCGUGGACAACGGGAUUCAGUACAAUAAUGUCUUCGAUGCUAACUUCGAUACCUUAGUCUCAGCUCUGAAAGCUAUUGGUCACGGAGACAUGCCUAUUAUUGUUGGAGAAGUCGGUUGGCCGACUGAUGGUGACAAGAAUGCAAAUACUGGUACGGGUUACAUUUCUUGAGAAUCGGUAUUCCUCAAUCAUAAUAUCUGAUUUCGCUUUCCGGGU